AUGCCACCAAGAGGAUCUUCGAAAGAGGCACCGUCAGCUUCAGAAUCAGAAGCAAAGAAUAGUUCAUCACAUAACAAUAACAAUAAUCCAAAUUCAAGAGCAUCCACAAAAGCUAGAAAUGCAGCAGCACAAGCGGCACAAGCAGAACUCCUGGCAAGACAUAUUCAUUCAAAUGGUCCUAAGGAAAAAACAAUUGCAGAUCCAUUAGAUUUUGAUUCUUUCCCAGAUGAAGCAUUAAGAAAAUAUAGAGAUCAUUAUGGAUUACCUGUUAAAAGUUCAUUAACUACAAAUGGUUAUUUAUUAGCUUCAGAAAUUGGUAAGAAAACAUAUAGUUUUAAAUCAAGAGAUAGAGUAACGAAACCAGAUUUAGCAAAUGCUGUUAAGAAACAUUUUAGUACUCAAACUGUUAAAGAAAGUGAAAUUAUUACAAAUUUUAUAUAUAAGGCUAAUAAUCAAGAUAAAGCUUUUAAACUGAAUUUUAAAAAUUAG